AUGCCGACGCUGGAAGUCGCGGCACUCUUGGGUCAGCGCCUUACGGAAGGGCUUCGUGUAACCGCCGCCGCGGUUGUGAUGGACCGCAUUGUUGUGGUGGGAACCGACGUGGGCUGCGUCCUCGCCUUUGCGCAACCGAGCAGUGCUGCGGCGGUGGAUACCGCUGGCGUCUGCGUGUAUGCGCGCGCGCUGCAUCAUGGGCCGGUGCACUGCCUCUGCGCCUCUACCUCCCAGCUUGUUGCCUCCGCCGGCCACGAUGCGGCGCCUGUCGUGCAACCCACUUUAAACCUCCUGACGAAUGGUGAGGAGCGGAUGGGCCGCCUGUCGGGUCACACGCUACCGGUGAUGGCAAUGACAUUUUUCUCCACAGGGAACUGGCUAGCGACCUGCGGCGUAGGCGGUCGUUUCAUUGUCUUUGACACCACGACUCGUUCCUUGCUUUGUGAUGUGCGAGUCGAGUUUUCGCUGCGCUGUUUGGCGCUUUCGCCGGACGAGACCACCUGCUUUCUCGGCGGCACACGGCUCGCCCGCGUCGACCUGUACGACAACGAUCGCCUUGUCGAGCCAAUGGUCCGGCGGGAUCCCCCGUUGUGGCUCCAGCAGUACUCGUGGUCGAGCGGAGGCGAGGAGUUUGUGGCGGAAGCACCUGAAGACCUUUUUAUUGCGCGACUCAUAGUGACAACGGACCGCCUCACAGCGGUUUUUCGCCCUCGUGGCGAGGGAGAAAGCGGCGGCGCGAUCGCCACGUGGGGCCUCGGUGCGACAGACUUUUGGCUUUCCCGUAACUUUUGUCGUGUGGAGAGUAAAACGUCAGGGGAGACGGCAGAGGAGCCAUUGCGGUGUCCAGCAUUUUCUGAUAUUCGCUUGGAGACGGCGGCGCCGGAUGCGUCACCGGUUCUGCGGGCACACUACGGCUGGGACACGUGGCAACGGGCUCGUGUACUGGUGGAGCCUGCACUGCCUCUUCUCGCCGUGAGCAGUGAUGAAGAUCUGGCGGGGAGCCUUUCGGCUGCGUUAGACAACACACCGGUGGGGCAACUGGCCUACGAGGAGGAACGGGGCCGCAAGCUUCAGGCGGAGUGCGAUGAACUCGUGCGCCUCCUAAAGGCCAAGAUGAAUCGGGACGGAAAGAAGCGGGGUCGCUCGUCCGCUACGGCGUGA